AUGACCGCCGAGCAAGCGGUGACGACUUUGGCCUUGAGAGGCAUCUCGAAGACGUACACGGUGAGAAUGGUGCAAUACUUCCUGGAUGCGGCAUGUGGAGACUUUGAGUUCAAACGCUACAAUUUCCUCUAUCUGCCGCGUCGCGGACGCUCCCACUCCGGCUUGGCGAUUGUGAAUUUCGUUGAUGCAGAAAGUUGUGCAAUGUGUGAGUGGCGCUUACGUUUGCUGCAGCGGGACGGCGCCAUCAGUGGAUUCAAGUCCAUCGGCAAGUCCUACAUCCAAGGCUUUGCACAGAACCUUGCGUACUAUGCUGCUCUUGUUCGAGAAGAUGCCCGAGACGCCAGCCAUGUUCUUGUCUUGGAACAUGGGAAGCCAGCAGAUGUGAGUAAAAUGAUUCGCCAGUAUGUGACCCGGCCACUGAUGCAGUGGGCUGAACAGUGUCUCGCCAGCAUGGUUCUUGUGCAUCCCCGUGAAGCAGAGUGA